CCAGAACUCGAUGCUCGCAAUGGACGCAGCAUCCACUCCUUCCCACGCAUCGCCACCGCACCAACCACGGCCACGCAAACACGAUGGAAGACAGCGCGUACCUUCAAUCGACGCAGUACCGGCACUUCACGUUCACGCCUGCGGUGCUCUCCCAGAUCCGCUCGUCGACCAACACCGUCGCGACGCAGCGGCUACACGACUCGAUUCAGUCCGCGGUGCAAGCGGGCGACCUGACGCCGCCGUCGGAUGGCAGCUCGUCCGCCACCUCCAACACCUCGAGCACCGCCGCCCUCACCGCCCGCGAAGAGCUGAAACUCGUCUCCUACUACCUCACCACCUGCGUCCAGUUGUGCGACCACUUCCGCACUGGCUCAGCAGUGAAGGCUACCUGCGUGGCCUACCUCCAGCGCAUAUACCUGCGCAUCUCGCCGCUGCAGAUCCACCCCAAGACGCUGCUGCUGCCCAUCCUCUUCCUCGCGUACAAAGCCGAGCAGGGGAUCCAGAGCACGUCGUGGUUCAUCCGCACGGCCGAAGCCGUCGGCCUCAGCAUCACCAAGGAAGAGCUGCUGCAGCCCGAAAUCGACAUCGCCAUGAACCUCCGCUGGUCCUUCCAAGUGCUGCACCCCUUCCGCUCCGUCGAGGGUCUCAAAGCGGAGCUCCUAUCGAUCGCUUCGGGACUAUACCGCUCCCCCGCCGCCACCGGCGGGCCAGAGGGCCCACCCCUCCAAAAAAGCUUCGAGAAGAUAGGCGGCACCCGCGAGCGGUCCGAGCGGGCAUGCGCGCGGGCACGCUCCCUGCUCACCGGCACCGCGCUGCUGACGGACGUGUACUUCCUAUACCCGCCGCCGCAGAUAGCGCUGGCAGCGGUGUGGGCGCACGACGCGGAGCUGGUCGAGUUCUUCCUGCGCGUGAAGUUUGGCAGCGACGCGGUGCGGCCAAAGCUGCUGAAGGUGAUCAGGGAGUGCGCGGAGUGCCAUCUCAUGGCCACGAAGGAUAGUCCAGCAACUUAUCCGGGUCUGCUGUUGCGUCUGCCGCAGAAUGGCGUGCCGCUCAGCCCGGCGGAGAUUUCCCCGGACCUUAAGAAGGAGACGAUCGGUAUCGACAAGAAGCUGUUCCUGCUCAAGAAACCGCUCAAUGCGGCGAAGGGCAAGCACGCGGCGACGCGGGACGCGGCGGACGAGGAGCGCCGCGCGAAAAAGCAAAAGACCCAGCAGGAAAUCAGGGAUAGGGAUGAUGUGUUUGGCGGGGCUAAGAUUAAGCGGAAAUAGACGUGGAUGUGGUUGUGCAUGGUUUCUUUAAUGGUUGCGCUUUGCUCUUGGGAUUCGUAUUAUAGCUAGGGAGGGGGAUGGCGUUUGGGAUUAUGGAUAAGUGAAUGGAAGUGUAAGAUGUAGGAGCGGAGAGGACAUCAAUUUAUUGCAUGGCG